AUGGCAACCACGCCAAGACCCCUCUUCGUUUACGGCACCUUGUGUGCUCCAGAGCUGCUUGCCAUGCUCCUCCGGGAAUCAGACGAGACCGCCCCCGACGUCGACAAAAUACACCCCAUGCUGCAACCUGCAACCGUCAAGGGAUAUGAGCGGCGUUCGUUAUACUUCGGCAGUGGUUACGCCCAGCAGCCUGCGGUAAUUGCCUCCAAAGACCCAAAUGCCUCGAUCCAGGGCUGCCUCCUCACACUAGCGACCACGUCUCAACGUCGGAAACUCGACAACUUCGAAGGUGAAGGAGAGGCAUACAAGUGCGUUCCCGUCCAGGUUCACAUCGCUACCGAUCAGUCAGUAGCGGCAGACAUGUACCUCUGGAAUGGCCCGAUGGAGAAGAUAUCUCCUGAUCCUUGGGACUUUACCGCCUUUGUCAAAAAUGGGCUGCAGGACUUCUUCCUCAAUGUUUUUGAAGGAAUGGAAUUUGGUGGUGAAGAGGACCAGUAA